GCUGCAGUCAUGCCGCUGAAUUCAGUCUACUAUAGGGGUACGGUCGCUACGGCUGUUAUCACCACCCCCCCUCGAAAAAGGAGAUUGCCGGAGGAAUGGAACGAGAUUCCAGUCCAGGUAUCCCCUGAAGCGCCAAAAAGAGCGAAAACUCUCCUAGAGCGGCCCUUAGGUGGUGACGAAACUGGCCUGCGUAGGUCAGGCCGGGCACGGAAUGCACCACGUAACCGAUACCCCUUUAUCGUUCAUGUACAUACGAAAAGGGAGUUAAAGUUAACUAAUCGGGGUAUCCCCGAGGAGUGCCUGGUAAGUGCGAUCAGUGACAUGGAAUAUUUUAAAUUAUUCAUAAUUUUUGAAGAUUUCAAAGUUUUACAAAAUUCACUUUUGUGUUUCAAAUAAAACCGCAAAACGCGGGCGGAAAUGCUGGAGGGCGGUACCGUUCGAUUGCAAGGGCAACAGGAUGCUUUCACUA